AUGAACCUUCUGUAUCAUCCUUACAAUAGCUCUCUGGAAAACUUUGUUCAUCUUGCUUUCUCAAACUCUAUACGGUAUUUUCUGACGAAAUUCGCUAGGUGAACCUAUCAAGUUAGCAGAAAAGCAGCUUUUCAAAAGUCCGCCUGCUUCUUUUUUCUGUUUCAAAUUCAAAAACUUUUCUUCUCAAUUUUCGAAAAUUUUUCGCUUUCCCAACUGAAAGUUAUCUGAUGAGACAUGGCGAUGGAAAUUUCAAUGAAAAGCCGGAUUUCCUGGUCAAUCCAUACUGUAAGGGCUUUUAUAUUGUUCUUUCUAUCGUUUAAAAACGUUUUAAGAGUACGUUUACAAAAUCGAGAUCAGUUUUAAGAAUUUCAGCCUCUUCACCUGCAAAAUGGAUUCCGAGAACAAUGGGCCCGACCUGGAGGAUGAACGCAUUGAAAACGUUCCCGUGACGGAAAACAAUCACAUUUUCACUAUUGCUCCACAAGCUAAUUUGUUCACAUUCACGUGAGUUUAGGACGAAUUUUCAAAAGUUUCUAACGGAAAGAAAUAAUUAAUGUUAAAGCUUUGCGACCAAAACUUUUUUCGAGUCAGCUUUGUGAGGAGGAUUUUGAGGGAGCUAUAAAAAUUAGUGCGCAUCCGAACUGACUAGAAAGUACAGAAGAUGGAAAAAGAAGAUUUUUCUGUAUAUUUCCAUCAAUUUUCUUUUCAUUUGGUAAAAUAUUGCGUUUGUACGGCAAACACAAAUACCGAAAUCCCAAAUCAAUACUCUCUCGCAAAAAAGGGGCGGAGCUUUGCAGUCUCUACCUAUUCAGCUCUGAAAAUCAUGAAAUUCUCUACAAAAUUCGCAGAAAAAGUCCGCUCAACUUUUUAAUAUUUUACAGACAAGAGCAAAUCGACGUGACUGAGAAACAUAAAGAAGCUUUUUGGACCCUUAUUCGCUAUAAAUAUUCGGCGUUGCUUUCCAAUUAUAUUAAAUUUUGGUGCAAAGGCAACAACCAAGAAAUCAUCUACAACGUCAUCAAUCACGUGAAUAAUCGAGCAAGGCAGGAAGAAAUUCAUCUGCUUAUUUGGACCAUCGUCGCAGGUGCCAUGCUCCGGAACUUUUGCUCCGUUAAGGUAGGUCCUUUUAUGAAACGUUUAUAGGAGAAUCGAGCUUUUUUGAAACUUUCUACAAUUUUUUAAGGGUUAUCUCAGUCGCGAAGAUAUCUUUCUUAUGAAUCAGUUCACUCACCUCUAUCUCGAUAUUGUGAAGUCGUCGACGGUGAGAUUUCUCACCAUUUCAGGGAAAAAACAAAUCCUAUUUUUUUUUGAUAACUUUUUCCUCAAUAGCCGAAAGUUUCCAGGUUCCUCCUUUCGAAAACAGCCUGGUCCGCUGGCAUCUCUUGAUCAUCAUUCUGAACUCUCUCAAAACCUCGAAAACCGGAGACGGUCAAGAACUUGAACUGCUUGAGGAGAAUCUGCUGAAUUUGUGCAGUAUUCUGGAAAUGUCUUCGGGAAUGAAGAGCGUCUCGGUCAGUUGGGGUCAAGAGCAGGCAAAAAAAAAGAGACGAAUUUCAGAUGGCAAUCAGCACUGCCGCGUGUUCUGUUUUUCAUAGAUUGAUGUUUGGCAUUACGCUCGAAAAGGAAGGUAACUGUUUUCAAUAAACUUUUAUAAAAUUUUAGUUUUUUUCAUAAUUAGUUCAAUGAAUCCAAACCUUUCCUCACUUUGACCUUGAUCUCGAGUCAAAAUGCCUUGGCUUGAAACUUGCUAAUUGCAAAUGUAGAUUCAUAUUUUAAUCCAAAAAGGAAAUUUGAGGCGUCGCAUCUAACUUCGAGUGUUCUUUUUUCAUGGGCGACACGCUUCUGUACACCUGCAACCAAUUGAUUACCACAACAGUAUUUUAUGAAUUAUCGAAAAAAUAGGCGAAUUCAAUUCUUCUCAGGUGGCGCACGCGAUUAGGUACGAAACGUUGAGAAUGAACGCCUACAAGUUCUCAGAAACUGUCGCCUAUGUGUUCAACUACAUGGCGUGUCAUGAGCAAAACAAAGUGAGUUUGACAAGUUUUUCAUUGAACAUUUUACGAUACAAAUAACUCGGUUCCAGGUUUUGUCGAUGACCCGGAAGUUAUUCUCGCCCUGUGCGGCUCUUGUUGCAGCCUUCGACACUCUGAUCAAACCUCUUCUGACUAUUCACGACUACAAGAUGCUGAUCACAGGCUGUGAAGCGGUGUGUUCCCUCAUUCCUUCCUCUUAGAAAAUCAUGCUUCUAGACGUUUUUACGAGUAAAUCCCAAAUUUUUGACGUUUCAGAUCAUGAAAUCUCUGGUGAAAGUUUACUGUGUGGAAAACAGCAGCCUUCAUCCGAUUUGGAAAAAUGAAUUUGUUCUUGUUUUCUUCUUCAUGCACAAGAUUUAUAAGAAGAACGGCGACAUGGAUCUCGCCUCUUAUUUUUGGAAAGCUCUCUUCGAGACAAAACUGACCGACGACAUCAGAAAUUGGGUAUUCUUUGCAAAUUUUUUUUUUCUUUGACCACAUUUUUCCAGGUCGGACCGGCUAUUGCUUAG